AUUGUUAUCGCCCAGAGACUGAGCCCGAGGCCACGCCCCUCGAGACCAAUGAGCCAGUGGAGGAGGACUAUGUGGUUGCUAAGGGAAACCUUCAAGCGGCAAGAUGGCGUCCUCCAGUGAGGGACGCCCCAGCUACCGCCCGCCGCGCAGGGACCAACCCGGGCGGCCUCCGCGGGACGGUUACGGAGUCUAUGUGUACCCAAAUUCUUUCUUUCGAUACGAAGGAGAAUGGAAAGGAGGAAAGAAACACGGUGAGGACCGUCUGUGGCCUCUUCCUGCAGCCUCACCGCUGACAGCCCGUUUCCCACUGGAGCUGGGGGCAGGUCGGGGGAAGCUGCUAUUCCGAGACGGGGGUUACUACGAAGGCGAGUUUGUGGACGGAGAGAUCACAGGGGAGGGCCGCCGGCACUGGGCCUUGACAGGGAGCACCUACACUGGACAGUUUGUUUUGGGCGAGCCUCAAGGACAUGGCAUCAUGCUGUACAAAGCCGGCGGGUAUUACGACGGGGAGCUGUCCGGCGGCGCGAGAGAAGGGCAGGGGCGUCUGGUGGACGCGGACGGACAGGUGUACUGCGGGUCGUUUCAUGACAACAGGCGGCACGGCCGAGGGUGGAUGGUCUUCCGGAAUGGUGACGAGUAUGACGGCGACUGGGUCCAGGACCGGCGCCAGGGCCACGGGGUUCUGAGCUGCGCUGACGGCUCCGUCUAUGAGGGUCAGUGGCACAGCGACGUCUUCAGUGGACUGGGCAGCCUGGCCCACUGCUCUGGGGUCGUCUACCGAGGGAUGUGGGUCAACGGCCACCCCAUGGCGCAAGCCACGAGGAUGGUGAUUCUGGGUCCAGAGGUGUUGGACGUGGCCCAGGGAGCUUCUCUCACUUUGACGGUCCAGCUGCAGCAGGCGGACGGGGAAGUGGCCAAGGGCGAGGACGGCAGGGUUUUGAAGGUCUCAGCGGGUGUCAGGCGUGUGCAGCUCCCAGCAUACUCGGAGGUCAGCUUCUUCAAAGUGGACGAAGGUGGCAGAGAGACACCCAUCCAGACCCCAUUCGGGUUCCAGUGUCUCUCCUUCCCUCUGUCCAGCCCCCAGUCCGGGGGCCUGGAGCCCAGAGCUGCCCUGGGAAGUGCCGAUGCCAACUUGCCGCCCCCUGAGGCAGACCCCAUGCGCCGGGCCGCCGCUCACCCCUCAGCCAGGAGACACGAGACCCCCUGUCCCAAGGACUGUCAGCGUGUGGAGCGAGGCUAUGCCCAGUUCUCAGACGUCUGCCUCGGCGCCCCUCCGCCUGAGCACCACCCCAUCCUGUUCCUGGACAGCCUCCACGAGGCAAGCAGCCGGCCCGGAGGGCUGGGCCCCAGGAACAUGACGCCCACAGCGCAGGACUCGCCAGAAGGCAGCAGGUAAGAGAGGUCGACCCACUCAGGGCACCUGGGGGCUUGGUCUGGCCGCCCCAUCAGCUGCGCCACAGGUGGGGCCUCCCAGGUGUGCACAU